AUGGCAGAGGAGAAGACUUUCCGCAUCGGCUUCAUCAUCCUGGGCCUUUUCCUGCUGGCCCUCGGCACGUUCCUCAUGAGCCACGACCGGCCCCAGGUCUAUGGGACCUUCUACGCCAUGGGCAGUGUCAUGGUGAUUGGGGGUGUCGUCUGGAGCAUGUGCCAGUGCUACCCUAAGGUUGCCUUUGUGCCCGCAGACUCCGAAUUUCAGGGCGUCCUGUCCCCGAAGGCGAAGGCGCUGGAACUGCUGGAGAACAAGCUGAGCAUUGAGAUGAAGAGCCCCCAGCCCCCCUACGUCAGGUUGUGGGAGGACGCUGCCUAUGACCAGAGCCUGCCAGACUUUAGCCACAUCCAGAUGAAGGUCAUGGGCUACAGUGAGGACCCUCGCCCUCUGCUGGCCUCUGAGCCAGGGCCGCGGCAGCCCAGAGCCAGCGAUGGGGGCGGAGGCCCCGCGGACUCUCAGGCCUGGAUGGAAGCCCCUGUUGUUGUCCACCGGGGCUCUGAUGAGGACGAGGGAGAAAGACUCCCAGCUCAAGGCAGGUCCAGCCCCCCAGCCUGUCCCCAGGGCCCUGCACCCUUGGCCUCCUUCCAAGAAAACCUGGACCUGAGUUCCAGCGAGGACAGCAGCCCCAACCCAUCCCCACCCUCCGGGGAGGAACCUCGCUCACCACCCCAGGAUCCCUGGGCCUGCAGGUCCCAAGGCGACCGUUACCACGACUUUGCUCUGAUUGACGCCCCCACAUCAGGGGAGGUACUCUCAGAGGGGCUGCAGGACGCGGCUCUGUCCAGUUGCUGGCAGCGACGUCCUCGGAUGAAUGAGGAGGAGGCAUCGGACGCAGGCAUGGAGGAGCUGCAGGAGGAAGAGGACUUGUACUAUGGGCUCCCUGACGGACCAGGGGACCCCCUCCCGGACAAUGAAGUAGGCUUUGAGCCUGACGCCCAAGGCUGA